UGAGACCGACUCGAGUCCCGUCCGUACAUAAACCCCGACCCGACGAAACCCACAAGAGAAGAAAAGGACUGUCAUCUGCCCGUCGACUUGCCAGCAGGAGGAAAUCCAACCCCGCCGCCGCCGCCAUGAGCGCCAUGAAGUUCUGCCGCGAGUGCAACAACAUCCUGUACCCCAAGGAGGAGAAGGAGCGGAAGGUCCUCCUCUUCGCCUGCCGCAACUGCGAGCACCAGGAGGUGGCAGGCGACAACUGCGUCUACCGCAACAUCGUGCAUCACGAGGCCGGGGAGCGCACGCAGGUCCUGCAGGACGUCGCUUCCGACCCCACCCUUCCCCGCACCAAGGACGUCCGCUGCGCCGCCUGCGGCCACGGCGAGGCAGUCUUCUUCCAGGCUACAGCAAGAGGGGAGGAGGGGAUGACUCUGUUCUUCGUGUGCUGCAACCCCUCCUGCGGCAACCGGUGGAGGGAGUGAAUGAAUUCGCAUCUCCUUCCUGCGGAGGCUACCGUGGACCCGUGCCCUUUAGGAUCAUGCUCUGGAAUUUAGUUUCCGACAGCUAGCCGUCUUGUUAGAGCACAAGGGAGCUGAACUUGUGAAACAUAUAAUUGUGGUUUCAGUACUUGCUCGUGACCAUGUACUUAAUUUAUAAACCCUUAUUCUCUAAUCACAUUUUAUAGGUUGGUUCUUGCC